CGUUCAAACAUUUCAAACACUUCAUUUCUCUAAAACCCUAACUAUCAGUAGGUUUGAUCCAGCUUUGUUGCCGACCACAACAAUGGAGGCCAAUAAUGGCUCUGGACUUCCUCCUGGUUUUAGGUUCCACCCAACUGAUGAGGAACUCAUUGUGUAUUACCUCAAAAACCAAGCCAUUUCAAAGCCGUGCCCUGUUUCCAUCAUCCCAGAAGUCGAUAUCUACAAGUUUGAUCCUUGGCAAUUGCCUGAGAAAGCAGAGUUUGGAGAAAAUGAAUGGUACUUCUUCAGCCCCCGGGACCGGAAGUACCCGAACGGAGUCCGGCCCAAUCGCGCAACCGUGUCAGGUUAUUGGAAGGCCACCGGCACAGACAAGGCAAUUCACAGUGCGUCUAAGUAUGUGGGGGUGAAGAAGGCUCUUGUUUUCUACAAGGGUAGACCACCAAAGGGGGUCAAGACGGAUUGGAUUAUGCAUGAGUAUCGGUUAAGUGAUUCGAAAAGACAGGCCAGCAAGCAACUUGGGUCCAUGAGAUUGGACGAUUGGGUCCUGUGUAGGAUCUAUAAGAAGAGGCAUGUCAACAAGGCUUACUUGGAUGAUCCAAAACUUGAAGAUUCAAGUCCCCAAAUGGAGCAUUUUACAGCUGCUAAUGAUGUCAAAGAGGAACAAGUGCUGAACUUCCCAAGGACAUUUUCCCUUACUAGCCUUUUGGACAUGGAUUACUUGGGACCAAUUUCCCAGCUUUUGAAUGACAAUCCAACUUAUGAUUUCCACAACAUGCUGGCCAAUAAUGCAGGACUAAAUGGCCAGACGUUUCAGUUUGGUGAUCAAAUCCCAUACCAAAGCGCAGACUCGGCGAGAUUCCAAGUGAUGAAUCAUAGUGGCACCUUUAACCAACCAUUAUUUGUGAAUCCGGCGUACAACAACAUGAAUGGUUUGAACCACUAACGAAUUGGAAUUCGGGUUCAAUUAGAAACUGUGAUUGGAAUCAUGUGAUAAAACAUUGUAAGAUAGGUUUGGCAAAGAGCAUUUGGAUCUUCAACAAAUUGUGAAAAUGAAUUCAUUUCAAUCCUAAUCAUGUUCAACUUCUUA